AUGGCAGCUUAUGUGGUGCGGGCCUGUGCCCCCAAGGACCUCCCGGAUAUCAUGCGGUUAGUUAAGGACAUUGCAGUCAUUUACAAGUUGCCUUUGAACAAGAUCAGAACCAACGUGGAAGAGCUGAAAGAAGCUGGAUUUGGGAAGCGUCCAAGAUUUGAGUGUUUUGUGGCUGAGGUCCCCCCACAUCAAAAGACCAAGGAAGGUCACACUCUCAUUGGAUACGUCCUGUCCGUCUACACCUACAACAUCUGGAAAGGAAGAAACCUUUACAUAGACAACAUGUACGUCAUGCCUGAAUACAGAGGGAGGCGCAUUGGGAAGAUGCUCUUGAACACAGCAGUGACGGCCGCCUGGCAGAAUGGGUGCACCCAAAUCCGAAUGCACAGCUCCUCUGAGAAACCGGAGAACAUCAAAUUCCUGGAGUUUCACGGAGGCGAAGAUCUCUCUGUCAAAGAGGGCUGGAACCUCUUCCGAUUCCAGGAGUCGGAGCUACUCAGCUUGGCCGCACAGAGCAAAUUUUAGCAGCUCGGG